AUCCAGCUAUGAAAACUGUCCAAUACAUUCAAAUCGAACGUUAUUGGUGGCGUCACAUCAAACCACCGUCUAGUGAUGUCCAACCGAUAAACACAAAACCCAUAUUUUGAUAUAUACAAAAAAAAGGAAAAGAAAAACCAAACACUGAGGAUCGAUUAAAUAUUCAUAAGAAUCGAGGCGACGCUUAAAAACAACAAACAAAUUUCAAAUUUCAUCGAUUCAGUGCCGAGAAAGUGAAUUAGCCAAACAAAACAACAAACAACAAUUUGUCGGUGUGCAGCUAGCAAAAAUGUCUACCAGCGUCCUGAAAACCGAAUUCGAUACCGUGGGCGAUGUGAUGGGACUACGACUUGGCCAUUUGUUGAUAGAAUUUUCCGAGAUGUGGUACCAUGUCUUUUUAUGGGCACUAUUUUCAUCCAUAUUCGUCCAUACAAUAGCAGCACUAUUUGCAUUCAUUACGUUAAGGAAACAUAAAUUUGGUAGAUUCUUUUCGAUACUCAUUCUGGUGAUGGGCGUUGUGUCGCCCGUGACUAGUGGCUUUUUAAGCAGUGCAACAAUUGCAUUCGUCCAUCGGAUGUCUAGUUUACAAAUGUCACCGGUUUAUGCAAUGGUAUGGGGUGUCGGUCAAACGGUGCUGUCGGCUAGUAUAGGUUUUACCAGAAUAUUGGCCACAUUGUAGUUAUUUAGUGAAUUUUAUGUAUGGAAUUCUAUUUGGAUAUAAAUAUGAUAAGUUUUCCGUUUGUUCUUCUGUAAAAUUAAUUUUCAUUUUGUCAUCUCUUUUGUAUUUAUGUACCACCAAUGGAAAUCGAAAGUAUCUAGAGAUUACAUCCUCCCACACCAAUAAAUUAUGAAAUUUUGUAUACAAACCAA